AUGACAGCAAUUGGUGGCAGGGGCGGGUGGAAGGAAUGGAGAGUGGCAAGUGUGGCUCAGUCUGCUCCAAGUGAAGCUCCAAGAUGUAGUCCCUUUGGGAAGAAGAAGAAGAAGUAUAAAGACAAGUAUCUGGCUAAGCACAGUUCAAUUUUUGACCAGUUGGAUGUUGUUUCUUAUGAGGAAGUUAUUUGGCUCCCUGCAUUCAAGAGGAAGACCCUGGUGCUGAUCGGAGCCAGUGGGGUAGGUCGCAGCCAUAUUAAGAAUGCUCUGCUCAGACAGAUUCCAGAAAAGUUUGUGUACCCUGCCCCAUAUACAACACGACUGCCAAGGAAGAGUGAAGAAGAUGGAAAGGAGGAUCACUGCAUCUCAAUAGAGGAAAUGACAAGGAACAUCUCUGCCAAUGAAUUCUUGGAGUUUGGCAGCUAUCAGGGCAACAUGUUUGGCACCAAAUUUGAAACAGUGCAAAAGAUUCAUAAGCAGGGCAAGAUUGCCAUCCUUGACAUUGAGCCCCAGACCCUGAAGAUUUUUCGAACAGCUGAGCUUUCAUCUUUCAUUGUGUUCAUCGAACCUACUGACCAGGGCACUCAGACUAAAGCCCUGCAGCAACUGCAGAAGGACUCUGAGGCCAUCCAUAGUCAGUAUGCUCACUAUUUUGACCUCUCUUUGGUGAAUAAUGGUGUUGAUGACACUCUUAAGAAACUACAAGAAGCCUUUGACCAGGCUUGCAGUUUGCCACAGUGGGUACCUGUCUCCUGGGUUUACUAAGCUCACAGAAUUUGAGAACCUAUUCCAGCCCCUCCCCAGCAUUUGGAAUGCCAUCCACCUUGCUUAAACCAAACAGGACUGCUUCAACUUCUAGCUAUCUGCAACUGUCUUAAGGAUGUCAGUAGGAUUCAAGUCUUUGCACUCGGGCUCCUAAAGGGUGUAAGUUUAAUUUUCCUACUAUCUAGAUUUCAAAAUGACCUCUGGAAAUUAGCAGUGCUAUCCAAAUGCAAAUGCUGUACAGAAAAACCAAUUAUCCUUAUCCUUCUGAUUCUUGAGCUCCUUUACUUUCAACUACACUAUCUUGUCUCUUUACUCUGGAAUUAAGUAUACUCUGAAACUUUCCAAAAUGCCAAAAUUAAAUAGCUGUGCAAUAGUACAACUGCUCUAGACAAACCCUCCAAAGCAAUAAAAAUUAUGCUGUGAUA